AUGUCUAAUUCAAGAGCUGGCUCUCAAAAUCGUGAUGACGAGGAAAAUGCACAGUUGUUAAAUGAGCAAUCAUAUAUAGAGCCUAACGUUAAACAAAAAAAAAAAAAAUUUUUUGCCGUUGCCAUUGGAGCUUUCCUCAUCACCGUAUCUUUAGCAGCAAUUAUCUUCGAAAUAUCAAGCCUUUUAUACGCUCGAAAGAAUAAACGUAACGUGAUUCUCUUGAUCUCUGAUGGCUUCGGACCUGCCUCGGAAACUUUUGGGCGUUCCUACUAUCAAUUUGUUAAUGAUCUUCCGUGGGAUCAAAUAGCUCCGCUUGACAAAAUGCUUGUGGGAACGUCGCGUACGCGAUCCUCGAGUAGUCUAGUUACUGAUUCUGCGGCUGGUGCUACGGCUUUUUCGUGUGCUAUAAAGACGUAUAAUGCUGGGAUAGGAGUUCAUCCUGAUCAAACACCAUGCGGCACAAUUUUGGAAUCGGCCAAAGCAAAAGGCAUACUUACCGGUUUGGUCGUAACUAGUCGUAUUACUCACGCGACUCCCGCCUCGUUUUCUGCGCACGUAAUUAAUCGAAACAUGGAAUCUGAAAUUGCGGCGCAACAAAUUGGCGAUUAUCCGCUUGGCAGACAAGUAGAUUUAAUGUUUGGAGGUGGCCGUUGCUACUUUCUCGGAAAUUCCACCGAGGGUAGUUGCCGAACCGAUACUCGUGACGUAAUGUCCGAUGCGAAAAAACAAUUUCAUUAUUUGAACGCGAUUCGCAGCCUUCCAAUCUUGGGACUUUUCACACUUGAUCAUAUGUCUUAUGAAAUUGAUCGGGAUCCGGCAACUGAACCGUCAUUGAAAGAAAUGUCUGCAAAGGCAAUUGAGCUACUUACGAAGGCUACGGAAGAUUCGGAUAAAGGAUUCUUUUUGAUGAUUGAAGGAAGCAGAAUCGAUAUGGCCGCUCACUCAAACGAUGCACCCACUCAUGCACACGAAAUAUCUGCUUAUUACGAGACCAUCGAUCAUGUUCGAGAGUAUGUUGAUAAUCACCCCAAUACAGUUAUGAUAUCUGUUAGUGAUCACGAAACGGGUGGUUUGGCUUUAAGUCGACAAAAUGAUAUCGCAAAAUAUCCACAAUACCAAUGGUUCCCUGAAAUACUUCAACGCGUAAACAUGUCUUCGUACCUCCUCGCGAAAAAAAUAAAUGAGUAUAACGAAAAAGAUAAAGUUGAAUUUAUCAAAAACUCGAUCCGUGAAGAAUUGGGAAUCGAUGAUUUCACAGAAGAUGAUGUCAAAUAUUUAAGUAAACCUGAAGAAUUCGAAAUGGCAUAUGAGUAUUAUCUAUCUAAUAUGACUAGCGCUCGGGCGUUGAUUGGGUGGAGUACGCAUGGGCAUACAGCGGUUGAUGUGAAUUUAUACGCUCAUGGAAUGAAUGCCGAGAAACUCGCCGGUAAUCAUGAGAAUACCCAUAUUGGAGACUUCAUAAUCGAUUUUCUCGGAUUAGAUUUGUCGAGCAUCACAUUAUUGUUGAACAAGGAUAAUUCAUCGUUCCAUCUUAGCAACUACAAAGACAUUUCUCAAUUUAACAUUGAUAAUUUGGCUCAUUACCACCACGGGCAUCAACUCUAA